GGAGCAGAGAGGGAGGGAGGGAGGGAGAGGUGGUGCAGUUUAGGCAGAGAGAGGCAAGUGAGUGAGGCGACAGAGCGGAGGUGACAGCGGAGAAUGGAGAGGAGCUCGUCCGGCCCGGCGAGCUUUGACCGCGGCGAUCGAGGAGCACCCACUCGGUCCUUUCCUUCUGGAGCCAGCGCGCUGGAAGAAACCGGGAGGAAUUAACCAAAAAAAAGAAAAAAAAGGGGGUUGAGGGGGGAGAAGGGAAAGGAAUGGCUGAUCCUCUGCGGAGGACUUUACUAGCGAAACUCCGGGGGAAGAAAUCCAAGAAAGGAGCGACGGUCGGAGGUGGAUACGGCUCUGCGGCUGCUGCGGCGCAUGGGGGCCGAGAAGGUAAAGAAAAAGUUUUGCAAACGCGAACGCGAGACUCCGGCGAGGCUCGCCCGGUAGUUUUGCUCACGGGUCUGGAUUGCACGGCAGAGAGAAUGAGCACGUACGAGAAUUGUGUUGACGGGGCGAUGGUGCAAACCGGCGGGGGGGUUGUGAUAGUCCGGGAGAGCCGCGGCCGCGCAGCGGAGUUGGUGGCAGGCGCACGACGAGGUCCCCAGGAGCGGAGGAGCAGCGGGGGCAGGGUUUGGGUUAAUGAGGAGCUCCUGGGGGUCUCGCUUCAAAGAGACGCGCUGUAUGAGGGACACGCGGUGAGGGAGGGAGACAGGAGCCACCAGGGGCCCGGUGGAUCCGGUGGCAAAAUCGCGUUAACGCAGGGGGUCAAGCUUGGAGGACCGCAUGCCCAGAGAAAACACUUCGUCUCGGUCCCGCGGCAGUGCAGCGUCGGGGAUUCAAUCGGGUUUGGGGACAAUUCAAAUCACGUUUUGUACCGAGCACGGGUAGAAAAACCAGCAGAGGGCCGGGUCACCACCACCACCACCACUGCCACCGCUGAUAGUGAUGGGACCGAGCCCGGAGACAGAGGACCCUCCCGGCACAUGGCAGCCACUGUAGUGACUGUCCAUGAACACAACGCCAACUGGACUUUUGACAACAGCCAAACUUUGAAGACAGACUCGCCACUUUGCGCGGCACUCAUGUGUCCAAACCGUGCGUCAAGGAACGCGGAGGAAAACAUUUUAAUCCGAAAUGUUGAGAGUUAUGAGCCCGAGUAUGCAGGAGACACGAGAGGGACUGCAGGGACUCUGCAGAGCCCGACCUUCUUCCCCACAGAGUUAGAAAUCUGCGACAUCAACAUGGCAUCCCUGUGCGCCACAGAGGCCUCGCUUGGAUACACCUUAGAUAGUGAAGAUGAGGAUUAUUAUGAUAACGAGAUUCUGCCUUUUUAUGAAACCAUCCGAGCUAAAAGUGAUGGUGACAGAGCAGAGGUGGCAGAGCCACAAGCGGGUCAGGACAGAGGACAGCUUGAGGACAGUAACAGUGCCCAGGAGACCGACAGGCUGAGGAACCAGCUGAAGGAAGCGUACUACCUUCUGAUCAACGCUAUGAAUGACAUCAACCUGGAUGUCCAGCAGCUGAGCGGUGGUUUGACCGAACAGCAGGCCACCUCCUCCUGCAGCAGCCACUCCAGGGACAGUCUGUGCUCCAGGCUGUCCGCCAAAAACAUGGACAGCGACUCGUGGUCCUCGGGAGGCGACCACAGCCCACAGCAGGUGUCUGACACUGACUCGCUCCUGCUUUGCCUCAGUGGGAACCUUGAGUCAGGCCUCAAAGGCAGGCUGAAUAGUAAGAGUAUGCUCAACCUGUCCUUGACCAAGUUAAGACCCACACUGCUGCGCUCUGCUAGUGACGGAGCGAUCAGGUAUCCAUGUGGACCCUUUCUCUGCAUUCGGGAUCCUGGAGUUCAGGGUCCUGAAGUCAGUUUGGAGAAAGGUGCCACAGAGACAAAACAGGGUGAAGUCACAGGAGUGGGUGAGCUUUCAGAAGCCAUCAGCAGCGAUGAGCUGCUACAGGAUGUUGGUGGUGAUGAAGACCGCGGCGGGCAGCUCAAUGAGAGCAGCAGCUCGGUCAACAGCCUCACAGGUUCCUCGGACAGCAACGCCGAGCCGUCGACGCAUCAGGGUCACGACAACAAGCAGGAGCUGACCGAAGUCCGAGCUCAGGGGGGCAACUCGGUCAACAAGGGCCACGGCGUCACCGUCAACAAGAUGCAAGAGUGGAUGCACAAGGGGCGUUUGUUGUCUUCUGAGAUGAAGCAACGCAUCGAGGGCUCGUCUCUGCCCCGGGGCAGAGGCCAAAGCCAGGACCAGGUCUGUCCUCAGGCUAAAUCUGUCAAGGCCAAGUCUCCUACAAUGAAGUCAUCACGACAGCAGCAGCAGCAGCAGCAGCAGCAGCCAGCUUUCAUUGAGAAUGUCCAAACCCCCUGCGCUAACGGCCGGGAGGUGGGCAGGGCCGCCGAGUCCACGUUGUGGCGGCCGCCGCUCACCACCAUCACCGUCUCCAAGAAGCGCAACUGGCUGCAGCAGAGCUCCCUCGGGAAGAGUCACUGCGCCAAGGACGAGCUGCAGGGAAUGCUGGGAGCUGAGGAGGAGGGCAACCAGGGCUCCCAUCAACCGCCACCUCCUCCCAGCCCCUCUCCAGACCACCUGAGACCCUCGGGUGGAGCCCCAAACCGGCCGGGCCGCCUGCACCUGCUUCAGGUCAACGUCGGUCAGUCCAAGGUGUCCCCUCACCCUCGGAGCGUGGACCCAGCCGAGGAGAACGACGCAGACGACGAAGGAGAAAUCUGGUACAACCCCAUCCCAGAGGACGAAGAACCGGAGACGUCUCACCGACCCUCCAUCCGGCUGCUGGUUCCCCCUCGAGUGGAGCUCCAGAGGAGGCCCAGCAGGGGAGCCGAUGUGGGUCAUUGUGGCAGGAACCUGGGGGGUGGUGGCGGCGGCGGGCCGGAGGUGCUUGGGGAAAGCCUCAGCGGUGGCGGCGGCGGCGGUGGCUCAGUAGAUGGGAGUCAGGGGAAUGCUGUACAUUCCACAGACGCUCUACAUCUGCACAGACAGAUGCUCGCGUGCAAACCUCAGGAGGAGGGGGGGCCUUCCACCAGCCGAGCUACAGAUGGUCCCGAUCUGCCCAAUGCGGUCAGCUCCCCUCCCUCCAGCCCAAACCCAACCAAGAAGAGCAGCUCCAUCAACUGGUCCUUCCCAGACAAGAUCAAGUCCCCACGCACUGUAAGGAAGAUCUCCAUGAAGAUGAAGAAGCUUCCGGAGCUCAGCCGGAAACUCAGCGUCAAGGGGACCCAGAGUAGCAGCAGCAGCAGCAACGGCAGCAACGGCAACAACGGAAGCAGUCAGUCGGAGCCCAGAGCCCAUUCUCCCCGAAACAACGGGGGUGGGCCGGAGGCCGUCCCCCAUUCCUCGGGCCCACCCAGAUUAGCUGCAUCUGGGGGUGGACAAGCCAGCCGCAACGUGAUCUCGCGCUACCACUUGGACAGCAGUGUGUCCACACAGCACAGCUUCAACAAGAAGAAAAGCAACGGCAGCUCAAAGUCCGCCAGUAAAGGUGGCUACCUCAGUGAUGGCGACUCGCCUGAGCUGGUGGCCAAGUCUGGGAAGCACGGCUCUGCAGAAGGGAAGGGCGGUAAAGGCAAGGAGGCGGAUUCAGGAGGCUCCAAACUCAACGGCACGGAGCUGGACAUUGACGCUUUCCGUCAUUACAGCUUCACAGAGCAGCCCAAGUGCAGCCAGUACAUCUCUGGACUGAUGAGCCUCCACUUUUAUGGCGCAGAGGACCUCAAACCUCCACGCAUUGACUCUCGUGACGUCUACUGCGCCAUCCAAGUGGACUCGGUUAACAAAGCACGAACCGCUCUCCUCACGUGUCGAACGACCUUCCUGGACAUGGACCACACCUUCAACAUCGAGCUGGAGAACGCCCAGCACCUGAAGCUGGUGGUGUUCAGCUGGGAGCCCACGCCGAGACGCAACCGGGUCUGCUGCCACGGCACGGUGGUCCUGCCCGCGCUCUUCCGGGUGACGCGCUGCCACCAGCUGGCGGUGAAGCUGGAGCCGCGGGGGCUGAUCUACGUCAAGCUGAGCCUGAUGGAGCAGUGGCAGAACUCGCUAGACGGCGGGCCAGACGGAGACAGGGAGCCCCAGGUGUUUGGCGUUGAGGCGUGGCGGGUGGUGGAGAGGGAGAACACGGGACUGAUGGUGCCGCUGCUUAUAAGCAAGUGCAUUAAUGAGAUUGAAAAGAGAGGCUGCCAGGUGGUCGGGCUGUACCGUCUGUGUGGAUCUGCGGCCGUGAAGAAGGAGCUCCGCGAGGCGUUCGAGAGAGACAGCUACGCCGUGGAGCUGUGUGAAAACACGUACCCGGACGUUAACGUCAUCACAGGAGUGCUGAAGGACUACCUGCGAGAGCUGCCCUACCCUCUGAUCACCAAACACCUGUACGAGGCCGUGUUGGAGUCCAUGGCCAUGAGGCCUCUGCGGAUCGGAGCGACGGGCUGCGAGAACGACCAGGCCGACUCGGAGCACACCGUCAGCCUGCUGGACAACCUGCCGGAGGUGGAGAGGAUGACGCUGCGGAGGCUCCUCGACCACCUGAAGCUGGUGGCGUCCUAUCAGGAGGUGAACAAGAUGACGUGUCAGAACCUGGCGGUGUGUUUCGGCCCCGUGCUGCUCAGCCAGCGUCAGGAUGCGUCCUGCCACACCAACCGAGUCUUCAUCGACUCCGAGGAGCUGGCGAGCGCGCUGCACUUCAAGAAGCACAUCGAGGUCCUGCACUACCUGCUCCAGCUCUGGCCAGUUGUCGACCCAUAUGGCGAGUCGCCCUCCCAGCCGCCCCCUGCGGCCUCUUUGGCUCCAGCAUCAUCCGACCUGCUGUCAGCUCCUCCGUUAAGGCGGAGAAAGGAACGCCCCCAGGUCCUGAACCUCUCCGAAGCGGAGAUGGCGGGAGUCCUGCGGCCCAGACCGGGUCGUCUAGACAGCCCCAGCAACCGCUACGCUGGCGACUGGAGCCGCUGCGGCGAGAGCUACUUCCCGUCUGACGUCCUGCUGCCUCCCAGCAAAGAGGAGGCGGACUACGACGACGUGCCCUCCGAGGAUGCCGAGGUGGCCGAGGAGGGGCAGGAGAAGCCUGAUGACACGGAGGAAGACGAAGGGCAGAAGGUCACGAGCCCAUCGCCUGAUCCCGCCGAGCCAGAGCAACCUCCGAGAGAGGAGGCGGUGAAGGAGGAGGAAAAGGAGGAAGGGGAGGAGGUGGAGAAGCAAGAAGAUAGUGAUAGUUCAGGCAACGGGCAGCCAAUAGAGGACAAGGAGGAGGCGGAGAGGGUGUGUGACCACAUCCUGCCCCCUCGCCUGCCCAAAGAGCACACCUACCAGGCGUACAUGAAGAUCCAGGACAUCAGCCCAGUGCUGAGCAACAGGGUCAACCUGAGAGACCUGCAGGAGAGCAUCGACACUCUGAUAGGAAACCUGGAGAGAGAGCUCAACAAGAACAAGCUCAACGUCGGAUACUGACUCCUACCACACACACACACACACACACACACACACUUGUAAAGCCUGAUGAGGUUUGGAGAAGACCUUAUUUACCGAUCAAGGUGCUUCAGGAUACAGCCACAGUGUUUCCAUGGAGAUCGUGACGUCACCAUGGCAGCACGGCGUGGUGCUGCUGUAAAAAAAAAGAGAUGAGAUGUUAAGGGGGCACUUCUGGCAUUUGUACCUUACCCAUAGACAUUCCAUGUUUUUAUUUUUCCUGAUGAUUUUGUCGACUGUCUUACUUUAUGUUGUCGUCGUCGGUUUGUUUCAGUCCGGUUCUGUGUUCCAUGUUGUUAUUGUUGCUUCUCUUCUUAUUAGAAGAACCCAUUGACCCCUCAGGGGUUUAAAAAGGUGCCUUAAUUGUGUGAAGGUGGUACGUCAAGAGGAAAAUCCACCCUGAAACGAAACGUCUCCGCUCGUGUGAUCUCGAUCCCGUAAGAUAAUCUCUAGGUACGGACCCACCCUGGGUGUUUUUAGAGUUCUACUCAGGCAAGUUUUCAAUCUGUGACACCGAUGCCAACAUCUGUAGAGCAAAGUUACUGACGGACAAUAUUUAUCCACUUUUUAAAAUUGACCACUUUCAUACCAAAACAUCCCAGAGCUUGCAGAGUUCUUCCCCCUUAAGUGUUUUCUUGGCAGGCUUCUAAAGCGCCGCUCGGACAUCGGACACUUCCACAUCAACGCCACGGUGGGAAAAAAUCUGGGAUGCAUUAAGACCUUCAAUGAAGAAUCUGCUUCCAACGAAAAUAUGUAAUUUGGUAAUUAAAUUAAAAUAAAAAUGUGCAAAGAAAACAAAAAAAAAACUCCUGUCGGUUCUGCAGCAGAGGCUUUUGGCCGUGGAAGAAAUCUGAUUAAAUCCUGUCGGUGAUCAGAACAUUAGUUCAACUCCAGAGUUUCUAAGUUUUCCUGUAAACACAGUGUUGAGUAAUACGGGAGGAACGACGUGUACGUUCUGUUCGAGGGUGGAUUUCCUUUUUUUAAGGCAGCAGAGAUCUUUUUUCUAUUGAGGUAUGAAACACUAAAUGUUGUACAACAAUAAUGCACUUACGAGGCAGGCAGUAGUGUAGAUUGUCAUUAUAGUUCAAAUAAAGAAAAUAUGGACUGUGGACUGAAUCUAGGGAGAAACAAGCCGCCACUGAAACCUCCUCUUAAAGAUUAAUAUGAAAGAAUAUGGCUUGAAAUGUAUUUGUGCGAUAUGUUAAGACACCCAUCUACAGGCGUGAUAUAAGGGUAAUAACACUCGACGGGAAUCUAAAAACAGAAAUAAUGUGUUCCACGUGGCUCUGUGUUCAGUUUAGGUUUACAAGAAUAGUCCAACUGUAUUUCUGAGAGUUAGACGUGAAGAUUGAUACCACACACGUGUGUAUGCUGAAUAUCAACGCUAUAGCUAAUAGGUAGCUUAGCUUAGCUUAGCUUAGCUUAGCAUAAAAAACUGCAAGCGGCGGGGGAAGCCGCUAGCCUAGCUCUAGUUUAAGAUUUAAAAAAUCCCCCUUAACAAGUUACAGAAGCUCUAAAGCUCAUCACUAACUAUCGCGUUAUGUCUUGUCCGUUUAAACCGCGUGCUUGUACGACGUAUCCGCGGUAAACAAAGUAUCAAUUUUCUCACCUAGCGCUCGUCAAAAAAAA